AGUCACGUCAGUCCCCCACCGCUUGCGUCACAGAGAGAGAGAGAGAGUGGUGAAGAGGACGAUCGGAGGAGACAAAUCUCGGUGGAGGGGAGCUUCUCGUUGUGAAAUUUCUCCAUCAGCGAGCAUGAAGUUUCCGAUCGCGCGACCUCCAUUGAUCUUCCAUUUCCUUUCUUGAUUUCUCCAUUCCCAAAGACCUGCUCUUCCGAGUUGGAAAACCCUCGUUUUUGGUGCAUCCGCAGCUCCUUCCCAGCUCCAGAAGGGGAAGAUUUCGUUAGCAUCUCUACGUUUCGCGGAGUGCCUCCGCGAGCUCUGAUCUUUGUUGGUCUCGCUGGAAUUUGGCGGGCUUGCCGCUGGAAUGAAGAGCAUUUUGUCUGAAUUAGAACUUGCCGGGGUUAUUUUCUGCCAUUUUUAGCUGGUUUUACAGUUCGUAAUUUUUGUUUGACUCAAGCAGAGACAAGCUGACGCAGCCACGUUAGAAUAUAGUCUAACAUUCCUAAUCUGUCACCGAGCUGGAGCAAAUGUCUUUCCGUAGCAUAGUUCGUGACAUAAGGGAUGGGUUGGGAAGCUUAUCCAGGCGAAGUUUUGAGGUGAGGUUGCCUGGCCACAUAAGAGGGAAAUCACACGGUUCUCAAGAUUUCCAUGAUCAGCCUCUGGUGAUACAGACGAGCAGAUGGGCAAGCCUUCCUCCUGAGCUUUUACGUGAUGUUAUCAGGAGAUUAGAGGCGAGUGAGACCACUUGGCCUGCUCGGAAACAUGUUGUUGCCUGUGCUGCGGUUUGCACAUCAUGGAGGGCAAUGUGCAAGGAAAUUGUUAGAUGUCCUGAAAUUUCUGGCAAGAUUACUUUCCCUGUCUCACUGAAGCAGCCUGGACCUCGGGAUGGAAGUAUUCAGUGUUUCAUCAAAAGGGACAAAUCUAAUUUGACUUACCGCCUCUUCCUCUGUCUUAACCCUGCUCUGCUGGUUGAGCAUGGCAAGUUCCUUCUCUCUGCGAAACGGACAAGGAGAACUACUUGCACUGAGUAUGUGAUCUCCAUGGAUGCAGAUAACGUAUCAAGAUCAAGUAAAACCUACAUUGGAAAAUUGAGAUCUAAUUUUCUUGGCACCAAGUUCAUCAUCUAUGAUACACAGCCUCCAUACAACAAUGCUCAGCUUUCUCCACCUGGGCGGAGCCGUAGAUUCUACUCAAAAAAAGUAUCACCUAAGGUCCCCACUGGCAGCUACAACAUAGCUCAGGUCACAUACGAGCUGAAUGUGCUGGGCACGAGGGGUCCGCGGAAAAUGCACUGCACAAUGCACUCCAUUCCUGCCUCAGCCCUCGAGGCAGGUGGCAGUGUCCCCGGUCAGCCAGAGAUUCUUCCUCGCUCACUAGAAGAUUCAUUCCGGAGCAUCUCUUUCUCAAGAUCAAUUGAUAAUUCAACUGAAUUCAGCAGUUCCCGUUUUUCGGACAUCAUUGCCCCCAAUGAAGAGGAAGACGAGGGAAAGGAAAGACCUUUGGUCCUUCGAAAUAAGGCGCCAAGGUGGCAUGAACAGUUGCAGUGUUGGUGUCUUAACUUCCGCGGAAGAGUGACUGUGGCCUCUGUAAAGAAUUUUCAAUUGAUAGCUGCAAACCACCAGGCAGCUGGAGCACCAACGCCAUCUCAACCAUCUCAGCCAUCUCAGCCAUCUCAUUCUGACCAUGAUAAGAUUAUACUUCAGUUUGGUAAGGUCGGAAAGGAUAUGUUUACUAUGGAUUACCGGUAUCCUUUAUCUGCAUUUCAAGCUUUUGCCAUCUGUCUAACUAGCUUUGACACCAAAUUGGCUUGUGAAUAAAGUCGGUAGAUGAUAAAUAAGAUUAUAAGGAAGAAUGUCAAACUUUAGAAAAUGAGGGGAGGGAGUAGAGAUAUCUAUUAUGUGGGAGAAGGUUUUAAAAGAGCGUGUGUUGUCUAUAUAGAAGCAGGUUAGCUAGACCUUGGAACUGCAAAAGUUUGCAAAAAGAGGGCUUGGAGUUCUCUCCCAUUGAUCUCUCUUUGAACUGGCUUUGCCGGGGGUCUUCUUGUGUGGAUGCUUGUGCUUUUACUGUUAUGUUGCGACUAUUUUCGAGUUUUGUAAAGGACAAUUGAACUCUUUUAACAAUUGAACUCUUGACUUUCCGGAAUUUGGGAGAUUAGUGACGGACGAAGCUGAUCUUUAUACCAUCUUUCCUUUUAUGC